CUCAACCGGUACAAUCCUUGCUCUAAAAAUGUCUCACUCUCUUAUAAUAUCGCUUCAAUUAAGCCGUUUUCGCAUGAGCUAUUAAAACAAAUUAUAUAUUCAUAAACACGAUCUAAGAAUACGACCAUAAAAAAAAUAUUUUGGGAUGCGUCUGCAAUCAUAAUGACGAUAUAGAAAGUAAUGGAAUCAGGUAAUUCGGAGUUCAAACCAAGUAGGCUGCAGAAAACAAAUAUACUGCUGAAGAUCACAUUUGGGUGGUGCAGAGACAUAUUCAGCAUCGGAAACAAGGAAACUCUGACAACGGAACAUUUAGACAAUGUACCAACAAACGCAACAUCUGAGUUUUUGGUCAAGAAGUUGGAAAGUGAGUGGGAAAGACAGCAACAUGAAGCAAUGAAUGGAGGACCACUACCUAGUAUACGAUGGGCGAUAGUUCGUACUUUCUUUCCUCGGAUAUUUCUCUUCAAUAUACUGGGAUUUAUCAUGGAAACUUUCAAACUAUUACAAUCCAUAAUGUUUGGAAUGUUUAUAACAUUAUUUGCGGAUGACUCUACGACGACAACGGGAAUGGGUUUGGUUUACGCAGUUCUGCUCGCAGCAAUCAUCGUUAUACCUGACAUUAUCCGUGAGCCGUUAACAUUUUACAACAAACUUUUUGGAAGAAAAAUUCAAGUGGCAUGUUGUUCGCUGAUUUACAAAAAGGCCCUGAAGUUAAAUUGUGCAACUGUACCAAAAAAUCAUCCUAUGGUUUCUAACGAAACGGGAAAAUUUGAUACAAUAUCUACCGUAUUUCCAUACCUGUGGCUGGGACCAUUCGAUUGCCUCUUGGCGUUGCUUAUACUCGUCUUCUAUGUUGACAUGUUUUGGCGACAUGUGCUACUUGGUUAUUUCAUCUUUGUUAUCAGUUUUUUACCUCUUCAGAUGCUUCAGAGAAAAAUGCAUAACAUUUACAGGAAAAGGGCUGCUACGACAAGGAAAUAUCGUUUAUCUUUAUUGACCGAGAUUUUUACAGCCAUGCGUGUUAUAAAAAUGUCUGUUUUUGAAAAAAGCUUUUCUGGAAUAGUUAAAAAAAAUCGAAAAGCUGAAUUAUCAUCCGUUUUACUUUCUGCAAUAUUUCACUUUAUUGCAAUGGCGAUAACAUUCUUUGGACAUCGUCUUCUGGAGGUUGUCUAUUUAACCAUUUACUUCGUGACAGCAAAUCAGUACUUGAUCUCUGAUGUGUUUGUUAUCUUCAGUCUGAUGUAUUUACUUCGACCAUCUGUAUUAGAUUUCUUCCCCCGAGCGUUAUAUCUAUAUCUUGAAUGUCUUAUUGGAUGUGAUAGAAUAGAGGAAUUUAUGCUUCUUAAAGAAAAGAAUAACGCAUCGACAGACUCAAUGUACACACACUCAGAAUGCGAAGAUGACACACGCGUCGUUGUGAAUGAGCUCUGUUGUUCUUGGGAAAAUAAAGGUACUCAGACCCUCCAGAAUAUAUCAGUGGAUAUCAACAAUGGGGAAAUAUUCGGUGUUGUUGGAACGAGUGGUUCUGGAAAGUCAACGUUCCUCAUGGCUCUGCUUCAUGAAAUACCUAUUACUUCGGGGGACAUUCAGCUUUAUGGCACCAUUGCCUACGUUUCACAGAAGCCGUGUAUUUUCCCGGGAACCAUUCGACAAAAUAUAUUAUUUGGAAAGAAGUAUGAAGAAGAUAGAUAUUUACAAGUCUUAGAAGCCACUGCACUUACAAAGGAUAUCAAACGUCUCCCUGAGAGAGAUUUAUCCAUGGCUUGUACAAGUGACACACCCCUAACAGAUGACCAGGUUGCCAGAAUUAACCUUGCAAGGGCGGUGUAUCAAGAUGCUGAUAUCUACCUCCUUGAUGAACCAUUUAAAGAUGUUGAUGCUACAGUUGCAAAAUAUAUAUUUGAAAAGUGUAUCAUGGGAUAUCUUAAAAAGAAAACGCGAGUUUUUGCAACUUGUCAUGCGUUGUAUCUACGAGAAGUGGAUAGAAUUAUGGUUUUAAAACAGGGAAAACUAGAGGUAGUUGGAGGAUACUAUGACGUAAGAAUAAUUGAAGAAUUUAUCUCUUCUUUCACUUACAAUUGCAAUGAGUUCCCGGAAUCAAGGAAUGGAUCCCUUAUCAAUUCCAAAGGUACUAAGUCUGCACUAAAAGAUAAAAUUAGUAACAAGCAUUACGCAGAUUACUUCUACGCUGGCACGAAUGACUUUGGACUGUCCGUAUUGGUAAUUAGUUUGUUAAUAACACAAGUGACGUACGUGUUGACGGAUUUCUGGAUUUCACAUUGGGCAAACCUAGAAGAGUGCUUCAGACAUCAUUUUAAUUAUACAACCUGUAACGAGGAGAGGUUUUUAGAUCCUUACAGCUAUGCUACAUUAGACAACACAGAAUCUACAAUACUGUUCAUUGUUUUCAUUGGAGUCUCUUCGAUAAUGACUGUGUUAUACGGUAUUCUGUUUUUCUUCAUCACUUUGAAUGCUUGCAGACAACUUCACGAGACUGUAUUUGAGCGCGUGCUCCGUGCUCCGUUGCUCUUCUUCGACAGCACAUUAUUAGAUCGUAUUUUAUGCCGUUUUAUUAGUGAUAUGAAUACAAUGGAAGUUGAAUUGCCGAAAACUAUGUUAUCUUCAAUCCAAAUUGCAUUGUUUACAUGCAGUAUCGUUAUAGUCAACAUCAUUAUGAGCUGGUAUUUGUUGUUUGUAGCAAUUCCGAUAUUUGCCUCUGUUUGGUACGUUAGGAGCUACACACUCAAAACAACGAAAGAUAUAAAGCUAUUGGAGAAUAAAUUACGGCUGCCAGUUGAUGAACUUGUAAAUAGGACCUUUGGUGGCUUAACUACAAUACGCUCCCAUCACGCACAAACGAAUUUUAUAGAAUCGUUCUACAACGUCCAGGACAGCUAUAGCGAGGCCUGGUUAAUGGACCAAGCAACCAAAGGACGAAUAGCUGUUGCCCUCUACAGCAUUGUUAACAUAUUUAUAGUAUUUAUACUACUAGGAAGUAUCAUUGGUAAAAAUGGUUUAAGUGUUGGUUUAGUUGGUAUUGUUGUUGGCCGAUCAAUAUUGUUAAGCCAAUUGGUUCAGACGAGUGUUUUCACUAUCAACGACACGGAAACAAUUAUGACGUCAGUUAAACGAGUUAUAGAGUACACCAAAUUAUAUUCUGAAGCUCCUCUAUACAUUAAAUCCACCAAACCAUCAACAUCUCGGCCAGGCGAGGGCGCCAUUACUUUCAACAAUGUCUUCCUGUCCUACUCUGCAGAAAGUCCAAUAGUUUUAAAGAACUUGUCAUUCAUGAUCCAUCAUCGGGAAAAGGUGGGAAUAUUGGGCAGAAAAGGUGCCGGCAAAAGUUCAAUAGUUGCUGCGUUAUUCCGUCUUGCCGAGCCUACGGGAACUAUAUUUAUUGAUGGCGAUAAUAUCAGUUCUCUUGGACUUCAUGAUCUCAGAAAGAAGAUUUCCAUUGUACCAAAGGAUCCUGUUUUGUUUUCAACAUCGCUUCGUGCAAAUUUAGAUCCGUUUGGCGAAUACAAUGACGUGUCGUUGUGGGAAGCAAUGAAGAAGGUGCGAUUAGACUGGUAUAUUCGAGAAUGCACGGGUAAGCUUGACAUGGCAGUGGGAACUGAGGGAAAUACUUUUAGCGUGGGACAACGCCAGCUGAUUUACCUCGCUAAAGCCAUUCUUCGCCGCAAUAAUAUUCUAAUUAUUGAAGAGCCGCCGAAAUUUGACGACCAGAUUACAACUACUAUAAUACAGCACAUCCUUCAAAAUCAUUUCAAGAAGUGCACAGUACUCACUAUAACACGCAGACUCAACAAUAUAAUGGAUUCUGAUAGGAUAAUGGUUAUUGAUGAUGGGGAACUGUCCGAGUUCGACUCAGCUUAUGUUUUGCUUCAAAAUCGCAAUUCGUUUGUGCGACAUCUGUUGAAGGAAAUGAACAGCUUUGAGAGAAAACGGCUUCUUGGGAUUGCAACUUCACAUCAUACAUGCGUGAGGAAUUAAUUCAAUAUUGCUUUAUGGCAUUCACUCCGAAUACGGCUUUGGACCACUCUACGUAAAGUGUUAAGAACUUAAAUUUACUGUAUAUACUUUGUUAAUUCGUACUUGUGGGUGCCUUAUUUACUUCCCCACGCAUCUCUGUCUAGAUCAGUUUGCCGCGUUCGGUGCUCGCAUUUUUCUGAAUGUUAAGCAGACUCCGAUGAAGUCCAGAAAAGAAUUCUUGAUUCUGGUUCAUCAUAAUUUACAUAAUUAUUAAAUGAUUAUGUUGUAAUACUGUAUACAUAUGCCUAUUUAUUAUAAUACUUUAUGUUUUUGAGUACCGUAAUCACUCUAUAAUGUUAAUGGAAAUAGUUUAUGGAAUGCAUUAGUCUGUACUUGUGUAAUUACCAUAAAAUCGUUUUAAGAUAAUGAAAAUUAGUUCAUAAAAGAAUGAUAAUAAUAUAUAUAUAUAUAUAUAUAUAUAUAUAUAUAUAUAUUAAUUAAUCUAAAUUUGUUUUAUUGUUU